CGGCGCGGAGUAACUUGUCGUUCGUGGCGGCAAAGUGUUGUUAGGCCUGGUGAUACCGGGAGGUGGAGCAGGCUUUUUUUUGCUCCGAGUGGGUGCAUUUGAAGAGCGUUCCAAGUUAUUCAAGCUCGCACGUUCUGCACAAGUUGGUCCGCUCCUUUCCUAGUUCGCCAUGGCCGAGAGAGAAGACAACGUGUACAAGGCCAAGCUAGCGGAACAAGCCGAACGAUACGACGAGAUGGUUGAGGCUAUGAAGCGGGUGGCAUCCCUGGACGUGGAGCUAACCGUUGAAGAGCGCAACCUUCUGUCAGUGGCAUACAAGAAUGUGAUUGGUGCCCGACGUGCCUCCUGGCGUAUAAUCAGUUCCAUUGAGCAGAAGGAAGAGAACAAGGGAUCCGAGAGCCGGCUCGACAUGAUCCGCCAGUACCGGAUACAGGUUGAGACAGAGUUGAAAGAAAUCUGCCAGGACAUUUUGGAUGUUUUGGACAAGCACCUCAUCCCUACUGCCUCUACUGGUGAAUCCAAGGUGUUCUACUACAAGAUGAAGGGUGACUACCACCGCUACCUGGCCGAGUUUGCGACGGGCAAUGACCGCAAGGAGGCUGCCGAGAACAGCCUGGUGGCGUACAAAGCAGCCAGCGACAUCGCCAUGACGGAGCUGCCACCCACGCACCCUAUCCGGCUGGGCCUGGCGCUCAACUUCUCUGUCUUCUACUAUGAGAUCCUCAACUCCCCUGACCGGGCCUGCCGGCUGGCCAAGGCAGCGUUCGACGAUGCCAUCGCUGAGCUGGACACCCUGAGUGAGGAGAGCUACAAGGACUCCACACUCAUCAUGCAACUGCUCAGGGAUAACCUCACCCUCUGGACCUCCGACAUGCAGCACGACGGUGAAGGUGAACAGAAGGAGCAGGCGCCAGAGGUUGAAGACCAAGAUGUUUCGUAAGAGUGGCACUAGGCUUUCUCUACAAAGAAUGUGAGCAGCAACAGCAGCAGCAGCAGCCGCAGAUGAAGAAAGGGGGGGGAAACCAGUGGUGGAUCAAGUGAUCUGUCUUUGCGACUAGUACGUGCUUGUUAGUGACCUAAAAUGCUGCAGGAGUCUGUCCCUUUCGUUUUUUUUCCCCUUCCAUCUUUUUUUUUUUUUUCCCGGGUUUUGAAGACACGCAAGCUUCUUUCGAAAUCGCAAGAAAAUUCAGUGCAUUUUAAUAGCAAUUAUUUUUUCUCAUAUAGUAGAGGAGGCUUUUCUCCCCUUUUGGUCCUAUUGCACACAGUCUCCCCUUUGGCCGCCGCCGCGUUGGACCUGGCUUGGCCGCUGGGCAUUUUACUUAGCGUAGCAUUCUUGUAACCAGGCCUUGACCAAAACGCUUUGGAUGGUAUGACAGCAGAGCAACCUGAGUGACUGUGUGCGUUGUGCACGGCGGCCAUUUCCCCUGCCGCCAUCGUGGGCUUCGCCCAAGUUGCGUAGUCGGCCGGCAGUGAGGCACCCCAGCUUUUCGGGACGCUGUCCACGUGUCGUCUUCUUCUGUUACAUCGUCUUCUCCACUGUGACAUUCACAAGGUUCACACGUUUAGUGAGGUUUUGUUUGGUGUUCAGCUCGUUGAGGGGGUUUGGCAUGGAGGAAUCCUGGGGGCUUUCUUCUUUAUUGGAGUCCUCAUAGCGAGUCUUGGUUGCUUUGUGGUUCUGGUCCCCCAGCCCCCCUCCAUCUGGCUUUAGGAACUGGGCAGGCACCGAGCACAGCUGUUGGGACUCUUCGCCACAGUCUUUUUUUUUUUUUUUUUCCUGGGUGAUGUGAACGAGAAUCUCCACUAAGUUCCUUGGUCCGGAAUGUUUGUUGAGACGUUUAAGACAUGUUUGUAAAGCGUGCCCUUUGUUUUGACACUGCUGCUUUCGAAACUAGUUUUGGUUGGAGAGAUAGAAAAAAAAGCCUCCUUUAGUGUCUGCAGUGUGUGUUUGUUACAGUGUCUGUUGGUCAGCUGUGCAACUUCCUUGCAGUACUCAAGUAUACAUAUAUAAUUUUUUUUUUUCUUGUGUUUCGACAAGCAGACAUUCCACGAUGUACUCGAGAUGCCUUGUACUUUAAAGGGGCGGUCCUUCUGCAAACCCGAGGGGGGAAAAAGCAAGCAAUAGCAUAUGCAGCGCCGGCCUUUUUCUCGUGUGCUGGUGUUGUCCUGUGUUCCUUGCGUAGCUGAGGCAAUUGGCAUCAAGUGUCAAGGGCAAUCCCUGCAUCAUCUGGGGAGGGGUGUGAAGGAGCGUAGCCAUUCACUGCUCAGUGCUUGCUUCUUGGCAUUAUCUUGAUGUCGCCAUGGUUACAGCCGGCAGUUGUUCAGGAUAUGUCCCCCCCUCCUCCUCCUGUGCUUUUGCCAACAGCUCGCCAAGUUCAGCACAAUUGGCCGAGCAUUUUUCUUUUUUCUGUUUCUCUGUUCAGGUGGUGCCUUUCAUUCACACUUCAUGUGUUGCAUGUGCCAGAACCGGGAUAUAGAUUUGCGCCAUCCAAUUUUUUUUUUUUAGCCCUGUUAGUGUUGCACAUUCGUGUUCCCCAUAUUCCCAUUUUGAAUGAGGACGUUAGGGAGGACAGUCAGAUGCUGUGUGUGUGUCGUGUAUGUGCCGAGUGUCCUUUCUUUAUUUUUUGUCACUGUGUUUCUGAAAGUGGUAGCUUUAGUGCCAUGCUGGGCACCAGAAUGUGUACCUCUGAUGUCGAAUUUUCCCCACUUUUGUUAAAUGCGUGCAGCGAUUGUUAAUGGGUGUCAGUUUUUCCAUUGCGGUCUUUCCGUUGCUUUCACCUGCUUUUUGGGUGAGCAAGUCUUUCGUGGAGCACAAAGAGUCGCUGUUUUUCAGGCUUCCUGCAUUAAGCAUUCCGAUGUCUUCUUUUAAAAUUUGUAUAUUUUGUUUUUUUCUCCUGUUUUUUUUUUUUUGCAAGAGUCGCGUCCAACUGAGCUUUUAUACAGUUAAUUUUUCUUCCCCUGUUCAAAACCACCUUUAUAACGGCGGAUCUUUUGCAUUUGCUGUGGCCCCAAGACGACCUCGGUGAAACCAUGAGUCUUGACCCGAGGGCAAAAAAAAGGCACUGCCGAAAUGUCUUGGAUGUUGCGCUCAUUUUAUGUAAGAAUUCACACCCAAAGAUGGCAAAAUAUUUCUCCAGAGAACAAUUUUGACAUGUGAUGUUGUGUGUAAGAACAGCUUCUUCAGCUGAUUUUCGUGCUGUGCACAUUUUUUUUUACAUAAGUUCUUGUCUUAGUGUUUGUGCAGCAUUUGUGAAGCACUUGUGUCUUUGCUGUGGACACACACACAUGCCAUGUCGGCCCUUCACACACCCCCUCUCCCCCCGUUGUUCUUUGGUGCCUCGCUAUCUCGGUGCAGCUGGAAAUGUGGCCGCAGCGUUUUCAAAGGGGGCUCGUACGAUUGUGUCCGAAGAGUGUGGUUUACCCCUGACGUAGUCAUUUGCGCCGCCUGCCACGCAACUCUCCCUCCCCUUUGACCACUUUUCCACAGUUCUCCCCCCCCUUUGUGUGCUAGGAUGCAUGUACUACGACUUUAUAUCUCUGCAUACUAUGGCAUCGUGUAAAUUGGGUAAUAAAAACUAAAAAUUUCAGACAACCUA